AUGUCCUCUUCAAAUCUUUCGCAGAAGAAAUUAAUCAAUACGUUGUCUCUGGGCGAGAAAUUGGAUGUCAUUCUUGUUUGUACGAGUGUUUUAGGAAAUACGUUCCUAAGUCUUCUGACGGGUAUCUGGCGCACGAGAAAUGAGGGAAAGGGAAGUUAUAAGAGAUAUGUUCUUCAUACGGCGGUGAGGACUAUGUGUAGGAGGUUGAGUCCGAGACAGAUUUUAUACAUGAAUCCAAACACAGAUCAUGCAUAUGAAAGUGUUUGCAAGCAGCGGGGUGUAAAACCUAUGAGUGAGACUUUAGAAGAUGGAACACAGGCUCAUUGGAUAGGCAAAAAGGAUGCAAAGAAAAUACUUCUCAACUUUCAUGGAGGUGGAUAUGUACUUCCUGCAACUUCCGAAAUGGUCGAGUAUGUCUUUAAGAUUGUGGAUGGUGCUGAGAAAGAAGGGAAGAGUUUGGCGGCCUUGUUCCUGUCUUAUGAUCUUGCCCCAAGCGCGACUUAUCCUCGACAAUUGCAACAAGCUGCUGCUUUGCUGAAUUAUGUUAUUCAUACUUUAAACUAUCCCCCAUCCUCCAUAAUUCUGGCCGGUGAUUCUGCAGGCGCGAAUCUCGUCCUUGCCCUCCUAUCUCACAUCAUGCAUGGUCAUCCUGAUGAAAGCAUACCUCGAGUCCGUCUCGCAGAACCACUUGAUGGAGCUGUAUUAUUAGCACCGUGGGUUACAUUUGCCACGCGCUCUAAAUCAUACGAGGCGAAUAAAUAUAAAGAUCUACUUCAUCCAUUUGCUCUCAAAAUGUGGUCCGGCGCAUACCAAUCUACCAUUCCAUCAGAUAACUACAUGGAACCACUCUACGCAUCUACAUCAUGGUGGACACGUCUCCCCACAGUCGUAUCCUCCAUGCUAAUCAUAGCCGGCGAAAACGAAGUCUUCAUUGACGAUGUAAAAGCUUUUGCGAAGAAGUUACAGGAAAUAGAGACGGAGACGUGGGGAAGAGAGUUGAAAUUUGUAGUCGUCGAGAAUGAGUAUCAUGAUCAGCCUAAUUUUGCGUUUGGUGAGGAUACUUUGGGUAAGGAGAGGAGUCAGGGGUGGGAAAUUGGGAGGUGGAUUUGGGGAAGAUGUUAG